AUGUCAGUUUUUGAGGUUGAUGAAGAAGGCUCUGAACCGGAUGAACUCGCUAAGGCAAUCGACAAACGAAUGUUCACUCUUCGUAACAUCUACCCGGUGAACGAAGAGGGCACAGAAGCAGCAGCAGCAACCGGAGUGAUGAUGAUGACACGUGCCAUGGUAAUCGUCCCAAGCUUCGUGGCCGAUCGACCAUUCAUCUACGGUAUCUUCCGUGAGAGCGAGCCCAUCUUCAUAGGCCAGUACUGCUGA